AUGUAUACAUAUGACACUCUCGAUCUCGACGAUGAAUAUGAUGAACUGACUGAUGAAGAACAGAGCAAUGAGGACAUUAAUGAUUAUAAUGAAAAUGAACAUUCUGAUAUAAAUGAUCAUUUUACAUUAGAAGAAAUGGAAAAAAUAGUCGAAUGGGUUGAUCAACAUCCACAUGCUGGACUUGCAACCAUUUCACAUAGAUUUAAAAAGGUCAAAUACAUCGAUCACUGUUCAUUUCAACAAGAGUACAUUCCGCCAAGAACUCUUUCUUUUACUGGUGAAAGAACAACAGAAGUAGUUGCAAGAAAGAAAUAUAAUGUCACACAUUCUUAUACAAUUCAACCAGUAACAUCAGCUAAUGGCCUUUUAUUAGACAAGUUUUUACUUGUACUUCAACAAAAAGAAAAUACUCUAGGUAAAAGAGUACAAAAAAAUUUAAUAAUACUACCAAAUGUUGUAGUAAGAGCUUCAAAAUCAGGAAAAAGCAAUGACGAAAACCAUCACGCUUUUUUAAAUGAAGUUCUACGUCCAUUUGUUGGUAAAAAAUUUCUUCUCUUUCUUGAUACUUGGAAAACUCAAGCUGAUCUAGCGAAAUUUAGAGCAGUAUUUCCUCAUCAAGACAGUCAAUUAUUGAUUUUUCCUGAACAAUCUACCGGUUAUAUUAAACCACAAGAUCUGUCUUUAUUUCGGUCAUGGCGAUUUAUUCAUGAAAAAAUCGAACAUUAUACUCAUAUUAACCGAACAGAAAUAACUAUAGGUGAUCGUCAAUAUUUUAUCAACAUACAUUCUGUUAUUCAUAAUCAAUUAUCGGCUCCACCAUUUAAAAAUCCAAUUAAGAAUGGAUUCAUACAAGCUUGA